AUGACCACCAUUAAUGCUUUACCAACGGAAAUAUUGGUGCUUGUAGACCGCUUUUUGAGCUCUGUCAAUGACCGUAUCACUUGCGUGGAAGUCUGUUCAAAAUGGAGUGCCCUAUUUCAAAGAUCACUGUUUCACUAUGCGCAAAUCAACAAUAGACACCAAUUCAAGCGCUUUUACUUGCAAUUGCAACAUCAAGGUCAUUUGGUCAAUAUAGUCGAUAUACAGCAACCCUUUUAUCACUCGAGUAUCGUUAAAGACAGUGAAUUGGUGGCCCUGUGUAAACUUUGCCCUAACCUCCAUACAUUACAUUUUAAUGCGUGGGAUAAAUUGUUUGUGUAUCCUCAACAAAUUCAGCAAUUAACGUAUGCUCUGGGAUCAUUGAACUUGAUAGCCAUCUCCAUAUUCAAUCCGACAACAGAGCUAGGCACUCAAAUUUUGCACAAUCAGCAUUCAUUAACAGAGUUAUCUUUAUUCAUCGAUUCACACUGCAAUUUCUCUUGGCUUAUUGGGAUUUCUAGGAUUGAAUCACUGACACUCCACAUUGGCCAUGACAGCCAAGUUCCAUUGGCGCCACCUCAACUAGAGGCCAUUCACCGAGCUUGUCCAAAGCUGCGGUUUCUAUGUGUAUUUGGUAGUAGUAGUAGUAGUAGUAGUAGUAGUAGUAGGCCUGAUAUCCAUCAUUUGGAAAACAUAACAGACAUAGUACCGGCAUUCAACCUCAAAUCGCUCAAAUUGAUCCACCUCAUCCAUCCUCGUCAAGGCAUUGUCAAGGCCUGGGUUAGAUACAUUUGCUACAGAUAUCCAAACUUGGAGACCCUGGAAAUUGAAAACGGCCACAUGGACUCUGAUAUGCAGACUGACACAACUGUUAAAUGGGAAACUGUUGUUGAGUGUUGUCCUCAUCUUAACCGCAUUUCUCUGUUUGGAUUUCCCUUGAAUAUGAAGUUCUACAAGACACUUUUACAAUGCACAACCUUGUUAGAAAGGCUCAAAAUCUAUUCGCCUGGUUAUCCCGUACCACUGACAAGUCUGCUUCACAAACACCAGGCAACGCUGACUGACUUGUCGUUUUGGCCAUGUCAUGUACUUCAAACAUUUGAUUUCAGGCACUCAGUAAAUCUGACAAGGCUGUAUCUGUCCGGUAUUUAUAUGAAGGAUGAGUGGCUCAACGUCGCAAUGGAUAUACUAUUGGAGAACACUCGGCUACACCAGCUUAAAUUGGAUCAUCUUUCAUUAUCACAACCAUCAAAAACCAUGUCUAAAACUCGAAUUGCCCACGUUUCAUUCAGUCAUGUCACAUUAUCCAAUACAACGCUCAAUGAUCUCCUGUGCGCAUGUCCACGGCUGACCCACCUGUCUCUGGUGAACUGUCAUUUCUUGGACUUUCAUGUUGAUUUGGCAAUGCCACACCAUCAACUCGAAUUCGUAAAUCUGCACCAACCACAAGUCUUGCAGCAACAGCAGACAGACACUCAUCAGAAAACAAAACACAUCCAAAUCACUCAGCACGGCGAAAAAGUGCAAUACUACAAAACGCUCAAAAAUCGCAUCCAUGCUAACCAUUGUGUUCAGCAAGAAAAAAGCCAGUUUAUUUAUAUUAGGUUACAUUGCUUUUCAGUAGAUCAGUUGUAUUUACUCGGAUCAAGAAUCAAAUAA